GCAAGGCAACAGAAGAGCAAACAUCACCAAACCUGCGGCUCGGAAAGCCCCUAGACCGAUCUUUCUUCCUCGCGUAGGCACGCGCGCGGACUUGUCGUUCCUUCUCCCUGAAGGCGUUGGAGAUCCAUCACAUCACACCUGUCUCUUGCCCGCUCACCUCUCGAUCGGGACGGAGAAAGAUCGACGCCGCGCGCGAUGGAUGAGGAGUACGACGUGAUCGUGCUGGGGACGGGGCUCAAGGAGUGCAUCCUCAGCGGCCUCCUCUCCGUCGACCGCCUCAAGGUGCUUCACAUGGACAGGAAUGACUAUUAUGGUGGGGACUCCACAUCGCUCAAUCUCAACCAGCUGUGGAAGAGGUUCAAGGGCGACGAGACACCCCCUGCAAGUAUAGGAGCCAGCAGAGACUACAAUGUAGACAUGAUUCCAAAGUUUAUGAUGGCAAAUGGUGCUUUGGUCCGUGUACUCAUUCAUACUGGUGUUACCAAGUAUUUAUCCUUUAAAGCUGUGGAUGGAAGCUACGUUUUCAACAAGGGAAAGAUCCACAAAGUUCCCUCAACUGAUAUGGAAGCUCUCAAGUCUCCAUUGAUGGGAUUGUUUGAGAAGCGAAGAGCAGGGAAAUUCUUCCUUUAUGUUCAAGAUUACAAGGAAAAUGAACCAAGUACUCACAAGGGGCUGGACCUUACAAAGAUGACCAGUAAACAACUUAUCUCAAAAUACGGUUUGGAUGAUAAUACAAUAGACUUCAUUGGUCAUGCGGUCGCUCUUCAUAAGGACGAUAGUUAUCUUUCAGAACCUGCAAUUGACAUUGUGAAGCGGAUGAAGCUUUAUGCAGAAUCAGUGGCUCGUUUUCAAGGAGGCUCGCCAUAUAUUUAUCCUCUUUAUGGUUUAGGGGAGCUGCCACAGGGUUUCGCACGGCUUAGUGCUGUAUAUGGCGGGACAUACAUGUUGAAUAAGCCAGAGUGCAAGGUCGAAUUUGAUGAUGAAGGGAAAGUUCGUGGAGUUACAUCUGAAGGGGAGACAGCAAAAGGCAAGAAAGUUGUUUGUGAUCCGUCUUACGUACCUGAGAAGGUUAAAAAGGUUGGAAAGGUUUUUCGUGCAAUUGCUAUCAUGAGCCACCCGAUCCCAAAUACUGCUGAAUCUCACUCAGUACAGAUCAUAAUACCACAAAAGCAACUUGGCCGCAGAUCAGACAUGUAUGUUUUCUGUUGUUCCUAUUCUCACAAUGUUGCGUCGAAGGGAAAAUUCAUAGCGUUUGUGUCAGCACAAGCAGAGAGUGACAAUCCAGAGGCAGAACUGAAGCCAGGAAUCGAUCUUCUUGGGCCAGUUGACGAGUUGUUUUUCGACACAUACGACAGAUAUGAACCUACUAAUGACCCUUCUUCGGACAAUUGUUUUAUAUCAACGAGUUAUGAUGCCACAACACACUUUGAGUCUACCGUGAUGGAUGUUCUUUCGCUGUAUACAAAGAUCACCGGAAAGACGGUUGAUCUCAGUGUGGAUCUAAGUGCUGCAAGUGCCAACGAAGAUGAUUGACAACUCUAGGGCAGCUAUAUCUUGAUUUUGGAAACGAUUUAUGCUUUGUUUUGCAGUUCAUCGUAGGUCCACCUUUGCCCUCGUUAUUUUCAAAUGUGAUAGCUGAGCUAUAGUCAGAUAAAGUUGUAUGAUGUAUAUUCUAAUUUCCUAAAUUUUCUAUUGGGAGGUCGAUAGUAUGUUUAGGCUUCGAA